UCACACUUCAAAUCUUCUUUACCCGAGAAACUCUUCAUUACUGUCUUUACCGUGAUAAAAAUGUAGGAGUUUCACGAGUCGCUGUUCUUUUGUGUUCAGGCUUUAGGUAUGUAGGCAAAGACCGGGCGCUAGUUCAGUGCUGGGUUGCCCCUGCCAAGCGCACGUAGGACAAAAAGAGAAGACGAGGGAAGAAAGAAAAGUCCGCAGGGUAGUUUUGGAGUUUAAAGUAAAGAAGCUAAGAGUCUCUGUCUGCAACUAGCAUCUGUACACGAGCGAGAAGAAAGUCUGUGAGGAGAGGACAGAAAAGUUUCGCAACUGAACGAGUAUCCUGCCUUGAUGAGGUACUGAGGAAUGCGCUGUUGUCAUGGAAACCCAGUCCCAGAUCAGUUCUGCAGCAGAGAAGAAGAAGAAAGUGGAGACCAUCGUAGCCACCAAGAGUGCACCCACCUGCGCAGACAUCAGUGAGAAGGCCGUGGCCUCCAGCACUACCUCCAAUGAGGAUGACAGUUCAGGUUCCCCGUAUCAUCGUGAGAGGUGUAAUGCCAUCAGUGGGCAGGCCAUGGUUCUGGGCGUAUCAGGAAAACUGAGUGAGGAACCAUUCACCUCUACAGAAGACCGCCCCCCAUUAGUGAAGAAAGAGCUUCACAGCUCUCUGCCCCACCUGGUGGACCACACCCUGCCCUAUCGGGGGACACUGUUCGCCAUGGACCCUCACAAUGGAUACCUGGACCCUCACUAUACUACACCUCAGUUCUUUCCUGCUUUUCAUCCUCCGGUACCAAUCGAUGAUAGACACACACAAGGCCGGUACAUUUAUGAACCCUCGCCAGUACCUCCACUACACGUGCCUCCUGCACUGGCGGCCAGCCCGGCAUUUUCUGAUAUCUCCCUCAUCCGGAUCACGCCACACCGGAACCCUUCAGUGGGGGUGGAGUCACCCUUUAACCCCCCACAUCCAUACAUUAACCCCUACAUGGACUAUAUCCGCUCACUGCACAGCAGUCCCUCUCUGUCCAUGAUCUCUGCGGCCAGGGUCCUCAGUCCCGCAGAUGCACCCCACGCCAGUUUGACCACAGCAGAGUACUACCACCAGAUGGCCCUACUUGCAGGUCACCGCAGCCCGUACACUGACAUCAUUCCUUCAGUGGCAUCCACAACAUGGCCUGCAAGCAAUGCCCUUCAUAUGGAGUACCUGCAGGCUAUGGAAACUUCACGAUUUCCAAGUCCUAGGCUCACAAAUCGGCCCAGCAGAAAACGACCCCUUCCCAGCUCCCCUUCCCUGUCUGAUCCCAGUUUUGACCUGCAGGCCAUGAUUCGCACCUCGCCCAAUUCUCUAGUCACUAUACUUAAUAAUUCCCGCUCCAGCUCAUCCACCAGUGGAUCCUAUGGACACCUCUCAGCUAGUACUAUCAGCCCUGCAUUGAGUUUUGCAUAUCCUCCGACACCUGUGGCACUGCAAAUGCAUCAGCAGCUGAUCAGUCGGCAACCGGGCAUCGUAGGUUCUGCAUUUGGACACAGUCCGCCCCUUGUGCACCCAGCUCCUGCCUUUGCCACCCAAAGACCUGCUCCUGCCAUCCCUCCCUCCAGCCUGCCACCUACAGAACAUUCCAUAGCCUCAAAUGACUCACAGAGUAAACCCACCAGUGAGUCGGCUGUGAGUAGCACAGGGGACCCCAUGCAUCACAAACGCUCCAAACUCAAACCAGAUGAGGAGCCGCCCAGCCCCGGAGCCGUUAGCUCGCAGGAGCAAACGGAUGGAAUGACGCUGGUGAAAGAGGAGGGUGAUAAAGAGGAGGGCAAGCAGGAGCCAGAGGUGGUGUAUGAGACCAACUGCCACUGGGAGGGUUGCUGCAGGGAAUUUGACACCCAAGAGCAGCUUGUCCAUCACAUAAAUAAUGAUCACAUCCAUGGAGAAAAGAAGGAGUUUGUGUGUCGCUGGGAAGAAUGUUCAAGAGAGCAGAAACCCUUUAAAGCCCAGUACAUGCUGGUAGUGCACAUGCGCAGACAUACAGGAGAGAAGCCUCAUAAAUGCACGUUUGAAGGCUGUUCAAAGGCCUACUCCAGACUGGAGAACCUGAAGACACAUUUGCGCUCACACACAGGAGAGAAACCCUAUGUGUGUGAACAUGAAGGCUGCAACAAAGCCUUUUCCAAUGCAUCAGACCGAGCCAAACACCAGAAUCGCACACACUCCAAUGAGAAACCCUAUGUGUGUAAAAUCCCUGGUUGCAUUAAACGAUACACUGAUCCCAGCUCUUUACGGAAACAUGUUAAGACUGUACAUGGUCCUGAAGCACAUGUUACCAAGAAACAGCGUGGAGAUACAUACCCGCGUCCCCCACCUCAGCCCCGAGAACCUGGAGGAAAUGGACAAGGUCAGUCACCGGGACAACUGCCUCUCAGAUUGAUCACUGACCAAAGGGAGUAUAAUCAUGCUACCUCGAAACAAGACGAAUAUCUACAAGUCAAGUCAAUCAAAACAGAGAAGCCCAUGACGUCUGAGCCAAGCACUGGCAGUCAGUCUUCAUGCAGCAGUGACCAGUCCACCAGCGGCCCCCAUAUCAGCCGUGGAGUCCAGCUUGCUGUGAACAGCAUUGGGCUUGCGGGGGAGGAGGCAGUUCUUGAGGACCAGGAAAAUGAAGAGGAGGAUGAGGAAGGAAAGGGAGAGGAGGAGGAUUCCCCCAUAAUGGACUCUACAGUAUCCACUGCAACAACCACGGUGGCAACACUAGCUUUGCAGACUCGCCGAAGUGUAGGACGGCCCCUACGCUGGAUGGAGCAUGUUAAGAUGGAGAGGUUAAGGCAGGUGAAUGGAGCUGUGCCUAGGCUAGGACAUAUGUCCCCAACAAUGCCCCCUAAAGGCCAGGCCCUGCCUGCCCUCACAGGAAAGGGUUCAUGCCUUGGUAGGAGUAGUUCUGUGGGGGUUCCCCAGCCUCCUCCACGUCCUGAGCCAUCCAACACAGAGCUGACAGUGUUGAAUUUGCUGCAUGAGCGCCGGGACAGCAGUGGCAGCAACACCAGCUCGGCCUACCUGAGCAGCAGUCGUCGAUCCUCUGGCAUCUCCCCCUGCUUCUCCAGCCGCCGUUCUAGCCAGGCCUCGCAGUCUGAGCACAGCCACCAUCGGCGUAUUCACAAUCUCAGUGCCACUGACUCUUAUGACCCUAUCUCCACUGACGCCUCACGACGCUCCAGUGAAGCCAGCCAAUGUGGAGGUGGAGGAAGUUCAGGUGGGAUGGUGUACGGUGGAAGUGGAGGUAUCAGAGGAAGUGGGAUGGGGGCAAGAGGUGUUCUGAACCUCACUCCGGCUCAACACUAUCACCUGAAGGCCAAGUAUGCCGCUGCUACAGGUGGGCCUCCUCCCACACCCUUGCCAAACAUGGAGCACAUGAGCCUAAAGACUCAUCUGGCUUUGAUGGAAGAUAAACAGAACAUGGGCCAACUUACACUACCACCACUGGUCAGGCCACGUCGCUGUAGUGAUGGUACGCAUAACUUACAUGGCAGUCAAGCAGUAUAUCAACGAAGGGGACUGUACCCUGUUGAAGGUCCAGGGAAUAAUGAUCGAAGAGCCAGUGACCCUGUGCGUACACGGGAUACUAGUGCUUUUGGCUUGCCACAGUUACAGCGUUUCAGCAGUUUAAACAACAUGAAUUUAUUACCCCAUAUUGCUGGUAAUCAUUAUUUAGAUGUAGAAGAUAACAGUCUGAGCUUACGGAACUACAUCUUUCAGGGGAGUCUACAGUCGCCUUGCCCUCCCAGCAUUAUGGAGCAAUCAGCACUUGAGGACUUGGCAGUAGACCAAGAUGGUCUUCUAUUACAUGUUGAUGAAGACAUUCUGCCGGAUGACUUGGUACAGUAUCUUCAUUCCCAAGAUCAAGAAUCAGAUCACAACCAAGACAACCAUAGCAGUGAUUCCAGUCCCCAUAGAUCCAGUUUUGGCCAGGGUACUGCAGAUGUCCAUAACUUCCUCAACCCACAACAGCAACAGGAGGAGUCAGAAGGGGAAAGCAAUAGUAAAGAUGUAAUGCCCAUCCAGUGUAUUGAAGUGACCUCUGGUAGUGCUGAUGUUUCUCCUCCCAGGCAGCAGUUUCAGAGGUGCGGAAGAUGGUCAAACCAGAAUGGUAUAGUGAGCAACGCCUUUGGUCGCUUUGGAAACAUGGUUGUGCAGCAACAAAUGCAUACAGAGUUCAUGGAUCAACACUCAACUCUUUGUAGAGAUGGUGUCCAACACAUGGCAGGUAUGAACUACAGGUGCAUACAUCCAGAGCAACAUCAACAAAUUGCAAAGCCAUCCCAACAACAGUCCAGGACGAAUCCAGGCAUUAAGACUGAGUCUUCUUCAACCUCCAAACUGGAAUCAAGGCGCAACAACUUUGGUCGACCAGAUUUCUCUCAUAUCUUUUUGGGUCCCCUCCGUCCUAGCUGUACCCAACAGACUACUAUAUCCCAAACUAACCUCGUACAAAAUCAAACAAUGACACAUCAAAUCAGCAGCAACCUUUUGUUGCAAAGUCCAGCUAACUGCAGCUUGUCUCCGGCAACACUACUGCCUCACCAGGCCCAACCUCCUAUGACUCACCCACCUGUCAAUAGUGGCAAUAGAAGCUUAAAUCACACACAACCCUACUUCAUUCAGCAGCAUAUCAACGGUCAUAAUGCACAUUCAUGCCAGCAGCAAAGCUUGAGAAAUGGAACCAAUCACUCUCUUGCAAAUCAGGUUUCAGGACUGAAGCUUGAGGCAGAUGAUCGCCUUCAUACCAACACUCGCUCUUCUAUCCAGCGACAAAAGCCUGUGUUUAUUGCUGAGUGUUUUGACACAUCCAAAACGUCAUCUUCUCAUGACAUAGCACAGUCAGGUCUAAUGGAGUGCUUGACAUCUAAGACAGAAACACCUUCUGAGGUCCUUCUGUCCCCUGGGGUUGAUCAGGUGACCAGUACAGUAGAAGAAAGCCCAGGUGUCUUAGAUAAUGUUGAUUUAGAUAUUUGUUCCAUCCUUGAGGAUGGUUAUGAGCAGGGUAGUGUGGUGUCUGACAUAAUCAGUCCCAGUUUUUUCCAGGGUCUGUCUAGAACUUCCUCUCGGCUGACUACUCCUCCUGUUUCAGCUUCAUUUCAUCCAGGAACUAACAACAUGGCUAUCGGUGACAUGAGCUCCCUCCUCACCACCCUCGCAGAAGAAAGCAAAUUUCUGGCUAUUUUGCAGUAAUCUGUGCACUCCCCCUCAUUUAACAGACUUGUGUAUGUAAUGUAAAGAUGUGGGAUGAGAAAGAAAGUUAUUGCUUUAUACUCAUUAAAAUAGAUUAUUAGGUGAUGAUGACAAAGAGUUGGUACACAAUCUUAAACCUGUCUCAUCUUCCUAGAGGCAUUGACCAAUAGAACCAUUCCAUUUCUUGAAUAGAGGCUAUUUUUAAAACCCUUCUUUUAUAUUGUUAUAUGACGAUGACAGAUGGAGA